GGAAUUAGUUGAGAUUGAAGCCCCUUGUAAGAGGAACAGACAUGGUACAUGGGCGCAGUUUGCUUCACGUUGUUGCAAGUCUCAUCAUACUUGGGUUGUCUGGGGCAACAAAGAAGGGAACAGUGGAAAACAAUUCAGGAGUCCAGCCAGCAGGUCAAUGUGGAACCUGGGUGAAAGAACCAGAAGGGGGUCUAUUCACUUCUCCCAAUUACCCCAACAAAUACCCACCAGAGCGCGAGUGCAUUUACAUUCUUGAAGCUGCACCAAGAAAGUGUAUUGAUCUCUACUUUGAUGAAACAUACUCGAUAGAGCCUUCGUGGGAAUGCAAAUUUGAUCAUAUUGAAGUUCGGGAUGGGCCAUUCGGUUUCUCUCCAAUAAUUGGACGCUACUGUGGCCAGCAAAGUCCUCCCUAUAUCAGAUCCAGUGGCCGAUACCUUUGGAUAAAAUUUGUCGCAGAUGGCGAAUUGGAGGCGAUAGGAUUUUCUGCAAGAUACAACUUCACUGCAGAUCCUGACUUUAAAGACCUUGGAGUCCCGAAACCUCUGCCCGUUUGUGAAUUUGAAAUGGGAGGGCCUGAAGGCUUUGUCGAAUCCCAGCAAAUCACCAAAGACGGCAAAGCCUUACAAACAGAGGCAGUGGACUGCAAGUGGUACAUCAGAGCCCCUCCGCGCUCCAAGAUCUAUUUGCGGUUCUUGGACUACGAGAUGCAGAACUCGAAUGAGUGCAAGCGGAACUUUGUGGCAGUGUAUGAUGGGAGCAGCUCUGUGGAGGACUUGAAGAGCAAGUUCUGCAGCACGGUGGCUAAUGAUGUGAUGCUGGUCACAGCGCUGGGGGUGAUCCGGAUGUGGGCAGACGAGGGCAGCCGCAAGAGCCGAUUCCGGAUCCUCUUCACAACCUUCCAAGAGCCCCCAUGUGAAGCCGAUGCUUUCUUCUGCCACAGUAAUAUGUGUAUCAACAACACUCUGGUCUGCAACGGGGUGCAGAACUGUGUCUACCCCUGGGAUGAGAACCACUGCAAAGAGAAGAGGAAAGCUAACAUUUUGGACAACCUCAACAACACCAAUGGGACAAUAAUCGGGGUCACCUGUUGCAUUGUGAUUAUCCUUCUCAUUGUGUCCGUUAUAGUUCAAAUCAAACAGCCCCGCAAAAAGUACAUAAUCAGGAGAGAGGACUUUGACCCCACCAUGUUCCAGGAGGUCUUCGAGCCCCCCCACUACGAACUGUGCACCCUGCGCAGCACGGCUGCCUCGGCCGACCUGGUGGACCUGGCCGACGACUUCGAGAACUAUCACAAACUGAGGCGGUCCUCCUCCCGAUGCAUUCACGACCACCACUGUGGAUCUCAGAUGUCCAGCCUCAAGGGUAGCCGCAGCAACCUCAGCACACGGGACGCCACCAUCCUGACAGACAUCCCGCCUCAGCCAAUUCGGCCCCUGAUCCCGCCCACCAACCGGAGGAGUAUCCUGGUGAUGAAGCACAGCUACUCGCAGGAUGCCGCUGACGGGUGCGAUCUGGAUGAGGACCUGGAAGAGGUGCCCACCACGAGCCACAGGCUGUCCCGGCACGAGAAGGCAGUGCAGCGACUUCUUGAAAAUAGUGCAAUCCUGGAUGAGUACGAGCAAGCUUCAAUGAAAUAUGAACAAAUGGACCGGAGAUAUACACCAGCAUGA